AUGCCGUCUGCUCGACCCUACGUUUACGCAGAUGGAAAUGUGCACCAACGAAAAGCCCAUGCGCUGCUGCCUUUCCUUCAAUCCCAGUCCCAGAACACGUUAACGAAACUAUACUCCAAGCCUUCGUCAUGCCUCUCAAUAUUUCGGCUGCUUGACCCUAUAUCAAGGCAACUCAUCAUGAACCUCCUCUGGCUGGAAUCGGCCAUCCCAGCUUCAACCAUGCAAGCAUGGGUUACACGGGAAGGGAAACCGGUAUACACGGAAGCUCUUGCCACUCUCACAAAGCUUCACAUCUUCCCGAAUUCCGCGAUCAAGUUGGCGGUGGUUCCGACUUUUAAAACGAGUUUUCGGCAAGCUAUAACUGGGGGGGGCACUAGUGGGAGUUUUGGUGUUCCUUCAGAGAAAGACGACAAACGAAGUGACGUUGACAUCGAAUUUCUUGAUGUUUUUGCGCUUGAAAGAUGGGAGACGAUACUGCACUACAUGGUUUCCUCCGGAUCAGGACAAAACCCAACCAAGCCCUCUGUCCGUGUAUUAUUCUUACUCCAGCGAAGUGGUCUCAUGACGACUGUUGGACAAGGCCCUUUGCAGAUAACGUCUGCGGGGUUCCAAUUCCUCCUUCAUUCGCCUCAUGAGCAGCUUUGGGAGUUGUUGCUGCAGUAUCUACACCUUACUGAGGAGCGACAGAUGGACUUGGUCGAUGUUUUAGGGUUCCUCUUCAUGCUAUCGACCAUGGAGCUUGGCAGAGAAUACUCCACAGAGCGUCUCAGUAAAACUCAAACGGCCAUGCUUGAAGAUCUGGUAGACUACGGCUUAAUAUGGCGGCGCAAGCCAUCUUCAAAAGGUUUCCACCCCACCCGCCUUGCCACAACAUUAACAUCCUCAUCCCCGCCUCUACCUUCUUCAAUCGGUAACCGCUCCGGCCCGCAAGAAGGAUUCAUCGUGCUCGAGACGAAUUACCGGAUAUACGCCUAUACAGAUAACCCUCUGCAGACUGCUAUCCUCAACCUAUUCGUCUCCCUCAAAUACCGGUUCCCAAACCUCGUGGUGGGCGCCAUCACCCGAGAUAGUGUAAAGAAGGCGCUGCUGAAUGGGAUCUCGGCGGAUCAAAUCAUUAGUUACCUGAUGUCCCAUGCUCAUCCUCAAAUGCGUAAAAAUGUAAGAUUGAGAAGUUGUAAUCCAUUACUCCCCGUAACGGUUCAAGACCAAAUUCGUCUCUGGGAACUUGAGAAAAACCGGCUGAAAUCACAAGAAGGGUACCUAUACACUUCUUUCGCCUCUCAAGCGGACUACGAUUUCGUCCUGAACUAUGCUAAAGAGCUGGGCGUCGUGUUGUGGGAGAACCCGGUGAAGCGGUGUUUCUUCGGAAGCUUGGAUGGGCAUGCGAAUAUCAGAGGGUUCAUUGAGAGGAGAACAGGGGCGGGUUAA